CGGCUGCCCCGGGCUCCCCGCGGCCGGGCUCCCCCCCGGGGCCGCCAAGGUGCCGCAGGCUUCGGCCAUGAAGAGGAGCGACCCGCACCACCCGCAGCACCGGCACCGGGACGGCGGGGACGGCAGCGCCGGGCGGGAGGCGAUGGUCAGCCCCGACGGCACCGUCACCGAGGCGCCCCGCACCGUCAAGAAGAUCCAGUUUGCUGACCAAAAGCAAGAAUUUAACAAGCGCCCAACGAAGAUUGGUCGCCGUUCUCUGUCCCGUUCCAUCUCUCAAUCCUCUACAGACAGCUACAGCUCAGAAGAGAGGCCCAAACAGCUGAGUGUGGGCUCUUCCCUGCCACACUCAGCACAGGCAAAUGCCAAGGGAACUCUCUCUGCCCCCAAGGAAGCAAUGAAGAUAUGGCUAGCUCAUUCAGCUGCCUCAUACACCGACAGCUCUGAUGAUGAGACCUCCCCCCGGGACAAGCAGCAGAAGAACUCCAAAGGCAGCAGCGAUUUCUGUGUGAAAAACAUAAAGCAGGCAGAGUUUGGGCGCCGAGAGAUUGAAAUUGCUGAACAAGAGAUGCCUGCACUUAUGGCUUUAAGGAAGCGAGCUCAGGGAGAGAAGCCAUUGGCUGGGGCCAAGAUUGUGGGCUGCACGCACAUAACCGCACAGACUGCUGUACUAAUGGAGACUCUUGGUGCCUUGGGUGCUCAGUGCCGAUGGGCUGCUUGCAACAUCUAUUCUACUCUCAAUGAAGUGGCUGCUGCCCUGGCUGAAAGUGGGUUCCCUGUCUUUGCCUGGAAGGGAGAAUCUGAAGAUGACUUCUGGUGGUGUAUUGAUCGCUGUGUCAACGUCGAAGGAUGGCAGCCUAAUAUGAUCUUGGAUGAUGGAGGGGACCUGACCCACUGGAUUUAUAAGAAAUACCCCAACAUGUUUAAGAAGAUCAAGGGGAUAGUAGAAGAGAGUGUGACCGGUGUCCACAGGUUAUACCAGUUAUCUAAAGCUGGGAAACUCUGUGUCCCAGCUAUGAACGUCAACGACUCUGUCACCAAACAGAAGUUUGACAACCUCUACUGUUGCAGAGAAUCCAUUCUUGAUGGCCUUAAAAGGACGACAGACAUGAUGUUUGGAGGAAAGCAAGUGGUGGUCUGUGGCUAUGGAGAGGUUGGAAAGGGCUGCUGCGCUGCUUUGAAGGCUAUGGGCUCCAUAGUGUAUGUGACAGAGAUCGAUCCAAUAUGUGCCCUGCAAGCCUGCAUGGAUGGAUUCCGCCUUGUGAAACUCAAUGAGGUUAUCAGACAAGUUGACAUUGUCAUCACCUGUACAGGUAACAAGAACGUAGUGACAAGAGAACAUCUAGACAGAAUGAAGAACAGUUGUAUUGUGUGCAACAUGGGACAUUCCAACACUGAAAUUGAUGUGGCGAGCUUACGUACGCCUGAGCUGACCUGGGAGAGGGUGAGAUCUCAAGUAGACCAUGUCAUCUGGCCAGAUGGGAAGAGGAUAGUGCUGCUGGCAGAGGGCUACAAUCUACUGUUAAGAAAGUUGCCAAAGGCCACAAGCUUCUGUCAGGGCCGUCUGUUGAACCUGAGCUGUUCCACUGUUCCCACCUUUGUAUUGUCCAUCACCGCAACCACUCAGGCUCUGGCUUUGAUAGAGCUCUACAAUGCCCCUGAAGGGCGCUACAAACAGGACGUCUACCUGCUGCCUAAGAAAAUGGAUGAGUAUGUGGCAAGUCUUCAUCUUCCAACGUUCGAUGCACAUCUGACAGAACUAACAGAUGAACAAGCAAAGUACCUGGGACUAAAUAAAAACGGGCCUUUCAAACCAAACUACUACAGAAAGGUAGCCAGGCUUGAUGUGAAGACAUUGAGAGAGAGAGAAUCCACCACUUCCCUUGGUACUUCGUUCCAGUGGUAUUAAGUUUCUGCAGCUGUAACCAGAAGAAAUUUUCUCCAUGUUGCUAUGCCUUCUUGUAAGCUUUUUUGCUUGCUUGGCUUUUCCUACUCAAUCUGGAAUCAUACUCCAUGAUCAUCUCUAAAUUAAGUGUAACGGGUUUUUUUAAAUGUAACAGUUUUUUUAAAUAUUAGAAAAAGGAAAUAGGCGACACCAGCAAAAUCUUAUAAGGAAAAUAAUUCUGUUCUGAACUUUAGAAACCAGGAAAAGAAACCCAAUCAUCUGUCAUAAUUCUACAGUAAGGAAGUAAAAACUAAGACUAUAACAUUUUCAAAAGGAUGUUUUAAAUAUUAAUGUCUGAGUGAUUGUAUUAGAUCAGCAAUAAAGACUCUGUAAUCUCAAAACACAAAUAAAAUGUUGCAAAAUUCA